AAAAUAUUUAAUGAAAUCACUCAUCUUUGGAACCAUAUUGUUAUCUAUAACAUUAAGUUAAAUUACAUAUGAAGAAUGUAAACGGGAUUGUACAAUGGAUUGGCUUGAUUGCACAAGUGGUUGUGAUAGUAUUGGUAAUCCUUAAUUUUGUCAUAAAAAUUGUUAGAAGUAGUAAAAAACAAAUAUUUAGUGUUGUUCAUGGAUGUUUAGAUGAAUGUCCAAAAAUAAUAUGCAUUGACGAGUGUCGAAUUAUAUUAGAAGAAUGUCGUAAAAACGGAAAAGGAAUAUGCGAGUUGCAUUUUAAUCAAUGCUAAUUGAUAUGUGAAGAUACUUAUAAUGAAAAUUAAGAUAUAUGAAUAAAUAAGAUAAAUAUUGAGAUAGUGUAGGAAUGCAU